GUUUUUUUGUCGUGGCGAUUAAAAGUGCGGGACCUGUUUUUCGUCCCCGUGUCAACGAGUUUAUUGUGGGUCUUCGCUAAAUUGUUAGCAUCCGUCGUAGCAGAGCCCGGCGAAUUACAGUACUUUGCUGACACGUUAGCUUCAAUGAAAACUGUUGGUCCUGCUACUACUACUACGGGAACGCCGCGUCGACCUAAAAAAAAACCAAAUUUGUUUGUCGUUUGACUACUACAGAGGUAGCCAAGAUACCAUUCGGGGGAAUGUUUAAAUCGAGUUGUACUUAUUACUCAUUUUUACGGCACAAUGAAAGUGGUCGUUUGUGCUACGAGCAGUGGUGGCCAUCUGUCCGGCACUUCGCAGGUCCUGAAUGCGGCUCGGCACCAUUUAGCGACAGCCACUUCCGUAUGUCUGUACUGUAUUUCCUUACGCGAUAUCGCGCAGAAAUGCAAAUAAUGAAGACUGUCGGACAAUUUACUUAACGUGUAUGUAUAGGGUGGAGAUUAAACGGCCUCAAGUGUUGAGCCGGUGCGGUGAAGAUGGCGGGGGUUAUGAAUGGAAGACGGACACGUGAGCGUGAUUAAAAAAAAAAAAAAAGCCUCGGUCCAUAGUCUCCCAUUCCACCGCCCACACACGCAAAGCCGCCGGUCUAGUUGAACGCCCCGAGUGUCUACAGCCGCCUAGGGUGGGAUUGUGAGCUUUAUAUACGUAUACACGCACUUAAAAAGCCGGUUUGUGCGGCGCCUUGAAGCGAAAAUGGCCACCCUGCGGCACUGUGCUUGUCUUCUGGACCGUCUAAAACGCUGGCAGUAAAAAAAAAAAAAAGCGAUUGCUUUGAUAUUUACGAAGGUGAACGUGGGGAGAGAUGGGCAUGCGCAUGUGAAAUUUUGGUGGCGAUCGAAAGUAGUUUUUUAACAUUUAGGCAUCUUAAGCUUUUUAUACACGCGCACGAAGCGUUUUCGACUGCUCCCUCCCACAUACAGUAUAGUAAGACGUUUACAGCUUCAGGUUAUUCCACACUCCAUUUUGUGUUUUAGAAGUCGUUUUUUUUAUGUUUUCGCCGGCCUGGAGUAACACUUAUGUGAAGUAUUUUCCCACCCAUAAGUGAGCACAUAUUUGAAAAAACGUUACAACACACAACCAUUACCACACACACACAAAAAAGUAGAUUUACUGUAAUAUUGAGUUCCUCUCAGUCCACCCACAAAAGUAUUUCGGGGGAGUUUAGUUGAACACAAAGCUAUUUAUUCAGGUGUUUGAAUUACAAUAGAUGGAUACGAGUUAAUUGUACUUUCUAUCAUCCAGUGGAAGAGUAUUUAAUUGUUCUGCCUGUCACUAUACAUCAGUUGCAUCAUAGAUCAACAACAAUGCCGUAUGUGUCGCGAAUGCUUUGGGCCAAUGAAGGGUAAUAGGGUAAUUUCCGAUGAUAUACCCCAUCUCUCAUUGGGACGCUAGUUAGGAAUUGCUGAUCUAAAGCAAAUUUCUCUCUGUUCUUUCAGGAUGUUCCCUGCUCAUCUGCUACUCUUACAGUUGCACAAUGGCCGCCUCAUCACACCGCGCACUAGCUCAGACCCAAAGAAACUGCUGCCUAUUUAGUAUAAUUAUAGGAUAGCAAUAAGCCCCAUAAAUAGGCACUCUAUACCUCUGCUUUCUUGCCUGUACCAGUAAAACUGGUGGACCUUCAAGAAAAAAAUAUUUAUUUCUUCAUACCUCUAAUAAUUACUGUUUGCAUAUUAUAGCAUUUUUAAAAAAGAAUAAUAAUGGUUUCGACAACGGCAACCGUGACUGCAAUGGUGGUAGCGACUACGGUAGCGACGCAUAGCCCCCUAACGGGUUACCUAUGGCUGCUGAUCAUCGGCUUCAUCAUCGCCUUCAUCUUGGCCUUCUCUGUCGGUGCCAAUGACGUCGCCAACUCAUUUGGCACCGCGGUGGGCUCCGGCGUGGUCACCCUAAAACAGGCUUGCAUCCUGGCCACCAUCUUUGAGACGCUGGGCUCGGUGCUCCUCGGCGCCAAGGUCAGCGAAACCAUCCGCACGGGCAUCAUCGACGUGGGCAUGUACAACGGUUCCGAGCAGGUGUUGAUGGCCGGAUCCAUCAGUGCCAUGUUUGGUUCUGCCGUGUGGCAGCUGGCUGCUUCAUUCCUCAAGCUGCCCAUCUCCGGAACACACUGCAUCGUCGGCGCUACCAUCGGCUUCUCGUUAGUAGCCCGAGGCCAGCAGGGAGUCAGGUGGCUCCAGCUUCUCCGUAUCGUUGUGUCCUGGUUUCUGAGUCCCCUUCUGUCCGGUAUAACGUCUGCUGUGGUUUUCUACUUUGUGCGCGUGUUCAUCUUGCACAAGAAAGACCCGGUGCCGAAUGGGUUGAAGGCCCUGCCUGUGUUUUACGCCAUAACCAUGGGAAUCAACCUGUUCUCCAUCAUGUUCACUGGGGCUCCGAUGCUGGGGUUCGACAAGCUCCCCUGGUGGGGCAUCCUGCUCAUCUCGCUGGGCUGCGCGCUGCUGACGGCCGUGGCGGUGUGGUUCGUCGUGUGCCCGCGCCUGAAGAAGAAGAUUGAGCGAGAUAUCAAGUCUUCCAGCCCCUCGGAGAGCCCCCUCAUGCGGAAGAGCGAGCUGAGGGAGCCCCACUGUCCCAUCCUCAAACACACCGACAAGGAGGCAUCGCCGCCGGCCGCCGAUCAAAGCGCCGCGGCUCCGCCCCCUACCGAGGAGCGCCGCGUGGCGUUCGACAUCGGCGACGGCGACGAGGGCGACGCCGUCAAAGAGCGCAAGGUGGCCUUUGACGUGGGGGGGUCGGACGAAACUGAGACGGAGUGUAACAAUGCAAAUGGUGUCCCCAAGCAGCACAGCAACGGUUCUGCCACCGGACCGCAUCAGGUCCAGUUCACCAACCGGCCGGCGCAGGUCCCGAGCAACGGCUACAGUCAGUACCACACGGUUCACAAGGACUCGGGCCUCUACAAAGACCUGCUGCACAAGCUCCACCUGGCCAAGGUGGGCGACUGCAUGGGCGAGAGCGGCGACCGGCCCAUCCGUCGCAACAACAGCUACACGUCCUACACCAUGGCCAUCAUCGGCAUGCACGCCGACUUCAAGCACAAGGACGGCGACGGCCAGGAUGGGGAAAAGGCCCCCGGGCAGGGCCAGGACAGGAAGCGCAUACGCAUGGACAGCUACACCAGCUACUGCAACGCCGUGGCCGAGCACGCCGCGCCCGAAGGCCUCGGUGAGGACGACGUGGCGCUGGAGAUGGGCAAGGAGGACGCGGGUAGCACCCAGAGCUCCCUGGACGAGGACGGACUGGACGCGGACAAACCCGAAGUGUCCACGCUCUUUCAGUUCCUUCAAAUUCUCACCGCCUGCUUCGGGUCCUUCGCGCACGGAGGGAACGACGUCAGCAACGCUAUCGGCCCGUUGGUGGCGCUUUGGCUGGUUUACAUCACCGGCAACGUGAUGUCCACUAAAGCCACGCCCACGUGGCUGCUGCUCUACGGGGGUCUGGGCAUCUGCAUCGGCCUGUGGGUCUGGGGCCGCAGAGUGAUCCAGACUAUGGGCCGGGACCUCACUCCCAUCACCCCCUCAAGCGGUUUCACCAUCGAGUUGGCCUCGGCUCUGACCGUGGUGGUGGCGUCCAACAUCGGCCUGCCCGUCUCCACCACCCACUGCAAGGUAGGCUGCGCUCCCGCUGGAUGUCGUCAAGUGUGGUCGGCUCCAGUAAACAGGAAGUCGGCUAGACUCAAGGGGAAUUUUUCUUGCGUCAGGUGGGCUCUGUGGUCGCCGUGGGCUGGCUGCGCUCCAGGAAGGCGGUGGACUGGCGUCUCUUUCGCAACAUUUUCAUGGCCUGGUUCGUCACCGUGCCCAUCUCGGGCCUGAUCAGCGCCGCAAUCAUGGCCAUCUUCAUCUACGCCUUCAACGGCACCCUGUGAGCAUUCGGUCCCCUGCCGGGAAGAAGAGGGAAAAGACGACGACCACUCCGGCGCCCACCGAGAGGGGAGCGGAGAUAUAAGAGGUUCAUAUAUCGCUUACCUCAAGCCAACAGAAAAGGAUGAAAAAAAAAACCCAACUCUGUGUUUAACGGGACUUGUGGUGUAGGCCUUUUGGUUCAUGGCUGCAUCAUGUAACAGCCCACAAUGUGUUGCUAGAUUCCAGCUGAGCCUCCCAUUGAGAGGAAACUCUUGCAUUUUUGUUCUCACCCGCUUUUUCAUAUCUUAUUCUGUCAAAGGCAACAACUCGAUUUUCUCAUACUUUUUUUUUUGUACUUUGCAGUUCUGUAAAUACAACGGUGCCGUUUUAACUGUUAAAAAAAGUUAGGAAAAGAACAAUUAAAAUGCAGUAUUAGA